GCCGCUUUAUAUAGGGCACGGCCCGGGGUGGGCGGGGCUCGACCUGCCGCUCAUCCCGCCUAGCCGCUCGGAUUGGUCCCUCUUUCCCAGGAGCGCGCGCGGUAACCGUUGGCGGCCGUUAGGCGGGGGCGGAGCCUGGGGCGAAGGCGGGAAGAAGGGAGCGGGGCCGGACCCGGCGCCUGAGGUAGCGCCCCGGCCCCGGCCCUUCCUCGGGGCCCCGCUGAGCUCCGCGCUCCGGGAGACCGCCCGGAGACCGCCCGGUGCCGGGGAUGAAGCGCAGGCGGAAAGGCGACGCGGCCCAGCAGGCCGAAGCGUGCGAUGUCUGGCUGGACACCGCCGAGGUCAAGCAGAACGCGGCGCAGCCUCCCGUAGCCAAACCAAAAGCACCUAGUCGAAUUCUGGAAAGGAAGCACGCCUCGGUCACUUUCACGCAGACAAGAGCCUCUCAGCCAUGCACCAAGCAAACCAUCAUCUCUGCCUUCUUCAGCGCUCAGACAGAUGAAAAAGACAAAGAAAACUCCAGGCCAUCUCCUUUCAUCCUGAAUGAAGACUGUAAAGAAAAAGGUGUUUCUUUGCCUGCCUACCCUGUGAAGAUCUUGGCUUUGCCGCAGAUGGAGGAAGCCCAGAAACAAUCCUUCAGAGCUGAGGAGGUGAUGGUGCAGGUUACACCCCAAUGUUGUGCACAGAAAGCACCAGCCUCGUCGACUCCUUUGCCAGACUCUUCCAUGUUACAAGCAGAGUCCCACAGCAACAGUGAAGCCUCCUGUGCGGCAGGAGAGGAUUGCUGCUUCUUCAGUUUCACCCAGGAUUCAGAGGGCAACCGGAUCAUUGCUCACAGAAAUGAGUCCGAUGUAUUUGCUGGAGAAACAGUUUCAGCAAGCGGCAGCAUAACUUCAGACUGUGGGAUAAACAAACAAGCGGGCCAGCUGUUCCUGGAGGCGGCAAAGACCAGACUUGAUUUCCAACCAAGACUUGGUGCAAACCAGAGUAAGAAACCACACCAAUUGAGUAGUGCGAAUUCUUUAAUUGAUUUCUCUGAGACUGAGAAUAUAAAUCCUACGAUAAUGAGAGACAGUACCUGGGCUGCUGGCGCUUAUUCAUCUCCACAAAGACCAGCUAGAGCACAGCCUCUGAGAGAGCGCAGCCAGAACGCUGGUGCUGGUUCAGCCGAGGAGGGAUGGGGCAGUAAGGUGGGACUGAGCAGUCCCUGCAGGCAGUUGUUCACCCAGGAUUCCGAGGGGAACAGAGUAAUCGCUCACCGCUGCCAGAAUGUCCCAUCUCCUCACAAGGACAACGGCAGCUCUCGCAGGCAGCUGCCCGACUCUCCCUAUGAGGGCCGUUCUAGCGAUGCUGCAAACAGGAGCGUGAGCAAACUGGGGGAGCAGUGGUUAGAUGUGUGCUAUGAUUUACUGUUCACGCAGGAUUCGGAGGGGAACAGAGUGAUUAAACACUGAUAAGUGACCUUGAAUGGGUCGCCUGUAUGACCUCUUGUGAAGCCUCAGGAAAGCGUUAUUUUGUAAGAAAGCGGUCAGAAUUAGGUAAGUGUACCUGUUGUUUCUGUAUGUAUGGUCUAGCCAGCAUAAGCAGUAGACCCAUGCAACAGCAGGACCUCUUUGUUCUCUGAAAUUUUGCUUUAAUAAAAAUAAAAUUUUGAAGAA